AUGUCUACCUCUUCCUCUCUUAUCCAGCUCCCCGGAAUCGCUCUGGUAACCGGCGCAAGUCAGGGUAUCGGGCGCGCCACUGCACUCGGCUUUGCUGCUGCUGGUGUCAGAGGUCUUGUCCUUUCCGCUCGAAACGACGCGAAGCUGGAAGAAACCGCUGCCAAGGCGAAGGAGCUCGCGACAAAUUCCAGUUUUGAGACUCUUGUUGUCGUCGGUGACAUUUCUCAGGAAGAUGACAUCGUCAAUGUGAUUAAAAAGGCCGUUGAGAAGUUUGGCAAGAUUGACUAUGCUGUCAAUAACGCAGGGUAUAUUGCACAAAAGUUCAUUCCUUUCGCAGCCGUAUCGACUGAGGAGUUGGACAAAAUGAGCAACACAAAUGCACGCGGAAGCUUUCUUUGCACUCGUGAGGAGAUCAAGGCCAUGCUUCAACAACCUCUCAAGGAUGUAAAGGGAUUGACAAGCACAACCGCGUCUGCUGAGCGUGGCUGCAUUGUCAAUGUCUCAUCCGCUACUGCGCUUGGUGCUAUGCCAAUGAGCGGAUCUUACAUUCCUACUACUUGGAGCCGGCUGGGAAUGACCAAAUCAGCAGCUGUUGAUCAUGGUGCUGAGGGAAUUCGUGUCAACUCUCUCCUGGCGGGAUAUACAGUCUCCGAUGGUUUCAUGUCUCACCCUGACGCCACGGCGGAAUUGGGAGCCUCGCUGACCAACUCGAAUCCCAUGAAAAGGCUUGCAACCCCAGAGGAGAUUUCUGACGCUGUCAUCUUCCUCUGCAGCCCUCUGGCCCGUUACGUCACUGGACAUGGACUUGUGGUGGACGGAGGACACUCCUCCAUGAUUUAG